GCGAUGGGGCAGGGCGGGCCGGGGCUGAGGUGGGGGGCGGACGGGUGUCCCUGUCCGCCAUUAUCUGCCAGCGGGGCCGUGCUCCUGCCUCCUUCUAACGCCUACCCUCCGCUUUCGGCCACCCGUGGGCUUCCAGGGCUUUCCGCCUUCCUCGGGGCCUUCGUGCCAGGGUUUCCCCCUCCGCAGGCCGUUUUCCCCCGGCCGGCAGCCUGUGUCUCUGCUCUGCUCCGCUCUCCCCGCGGCUGCCUUCGCGUAGCUCUGGGGCUGAGGUUCGGUGAAGCCAUCCCCUGUUUCCUCAGAGCGAAAGGGGGGGGUGGUGUCUGUGUGGGGUAUUAUUGUUUGAUGUGCUCUUAAACUCCUCUUCGUUUUGCAGAAUGUGAUACGACUGCCUUUCAUUCGGGACUCCUGCCUCUUAGGUUUUGAUGGCGCACAUCACCAUAAAUCAGUAUUUGCAGCAAGUACAAGAAGCCAUUGACAGCAGAGAUGGACAAUUUUGUGCAGAAUUGGUAUCAUUUAAACAUCCACAUGUUGCAAACCCAAGGCUACAGCUUCCGUCUCCAGAGGAGAAGUGUCAACAAGUUUUGGAACCACCAUACGAUGAAAUGUUUGCAGCCCACUUAAGGUGUACUUAUGCUGUCGGAAACCAUGACUUUAUAGAAGCAUACAAAUGCCAAACAGUUAUCGUCCAAUCUUUCCUGCGAGCAUUUCAGGCACAUAAAGAAGAAAACUGGGCUUUACCUAUCAUGUAUGCCGUAGCCCUCGAUCUUCGAAUUUUUGCUAAUAAUGCAGAUCAACAGCUAGUGAAGAAAGGGAAAAGCAAAGUUGGCGACAUGUUGGAAAAAGCAGCAGAACUGCUGAUGAGCUGUUUUCGAGUCUGUGCCAGUGACACUCGAGCAGGCAUUGAAGAUUCCAAAAAGUGGGGCAUGUUGUUUCUCGUGAAUCAGCUGUUUAAAAUUUAUUUUAAGAUCAACAAGCUUCAUCUAUGUAAGCCCUUAAUUAGAGCAAUUGACAGCUCAAAUCUGAAGGAUGAAUACAGUAUGGCACAGCGUGUUACAUACAGAUACUAUGUUGGGCGCAAAGCCAUGUUUGACAGUGACUUUAAGCAAGCUGAAGAGUAUCUGUCAUUUGCCUUUGAGCACUGUCACCGCUCAAGCCAGAAGAACAAAAGAAUGAUUUUGAUCUACCUGCUGCCAGUAAAAAUGUUGUUGGGCCAUAUGCCAACAGUUCAGCUCUUAAAAAAGUAUGACCUUAUGCAGUUUGCUGAAGUAACAAAGGCUGUGAGUGAAGGCAAUCUUCUCCUACUGAAUGACGCUCUGACAAAGCACGAGACCUUCUUUAUUCGAUGUGGAAUCUUUCUUAUCCUUGAGAAGCUGAAAAUCAUCACGUACAGAAAUCUCUUUAAAAAAGUAUACUUACUACUCAAAACCCAUCAGCUAUCUCUAGAUGCCUUUCUCUUUGCCCUGAAAUUCAUGCAAGUAGAUGAUGUUGAUAUUGAUGAAGUCCAGUGCAUUUUAGCUAACCUUAUAUAUAUGGGUCACAUUAAAGGCUAUAUAUCUCAUCAGCAUCAAAAGCUUGUGGUCAGUAAGCAGAACCCGUUUCCUCCGCUGUCAACGGUGUGUUGAGUAUUGUGUCUUAUCCAUGCAAGUACUUUUCAGAUACUCAGCUUGCCCAGUGGAGCUGCUCGUAAUCCACCCCGAGAACAUUGUAAAUGACCUGGUUCAUGUCCAGGACUGGAAUACCGGGAACUGUUUGUGGCUCCUUUCCCAGAAUGACCAAGGCUGCCAGUGUUACAACAAAGUGCAUUGGAAUGAAAUGCUAUCUUUUCAGUGAUAGUUUCCCCAGGCUUUCUAGAUCAUUCAAAGUAUUUCAUGAGGAAAUAAAGCAAAGCAUUCCACAUCCUUUCCAAACUACUUACAAGCUUUUAUGAAGUACUUUGUUACUAUUUCUGCAUUUAUCUUUCAGAGGGAAGUAUCAUCCAUUGUUACUUGUGUUAAUCCAUUCUUCAGAAUGGAAAUAAUGUUUUCUUUCAUGGUUUCUGUGGUUUUUUUUUAAGCCUUUUCAAUUAUCUUGCUGGUAUUGAAUACUCUCUUCAAGCUUUCUCUAAAAA